GACGGGACGGUGGGUCAUAGCAGCGUGCUGUGAGGUGUUGGGAGGAUGCAUGGGGGGGCGUGGAUGCUGUACUCCGUGUUUCUGGACCAGCGGCUCGUCUGUUUCGCGGUGCUCCUGUUCUUUAUUCCCGUCGGAGGGGACUACUGCCCCCCGUCCUGCCUCUGCGCCAGAGAUUCGGGGACCGUCACCUGUCGCGGGGGAGAGCACCCCGGGGUGCCGGGGGCCAUCCCGGAUUGGGCUUCCACUUUAAUCCUCCGGGGGAACAACUUGACAACUUUACCGCGUUGGGCGUUCUGCCCCAGCGGCGCGCGGCGGCCGCUCGUGACGCUGUCGCUGUCGCACAACGGGAUCCGCGUGAUCGAGCCGCACGCCUUUCAGGGACUCACUUCUCUGCUUGUGUUGGAUUUGAGUCACAACCGGCUGGUAUCCAUCUCACCGGGAGUGUUCUCAGGUUUACUUGAACUCCGCUCGCUGAACUUCAACCAGUCCCUCGCGCCGCUCGCCGCCGUGCAGCUCGUGAACGCCCUCAGUCUCGGAGAACAUCUGCGCAGCCUCCACAGACUGGACCUGGCGGGAAACCACCUGACGUCCGUCCCGCUGGGAAUCCACAUGUCCAACCUGCACACGUUAGUGCUGACGAACAACUCGAUCCAGACCGUCGGCCGGGACCACGUGGCUACGCUCUACCAGCGACCACGCAUGCGCAUCUACCUGUCCCUGAACCCUUUCUGGUGCGGCUGCGAGCUUGAGGCGUUCUACUCCUGGCUGAGGAACUCCUCCCAGGUCCCCGACGUGGGGGCCCUGGUCUGCAGCGGGCCUGGGGCCCGGCAGGGGGUCCGGCUGGAGCACCUCCAGGAGGAGGAGCUGGGAUGUGCGGACCAGGACCUGGAGGCGGUCUCGUAUGUGUUCCUCGGUCUGGUGUUGGCCUUGAUCGGGGUGGUGUUUCUGAUGGUGCUCUACCUCAACCGAGAGGGCAUCAAACGCUGGCUGAACAACAUCAGAGAGGCGUGCCGCGACCAGAUGGAGGUUUACCACUACCGCUACGAGCAGGACUCCGACCCCAGGCUGGCCAAUGUAGCCGUGUAGGGACUCUCUCUCUCGCUCUCUCUCUCGCUCUUUCUCUAUCAUUCAACAAUGCAACGUGUAUAUUUUGAACAUAAUACUACUAUAAACAAUGUCAUAACUUAUAACACAGGUUGUGUGUUUUAACAUCGACUUGUGGACAUAUGUCAUACGAGUCGCCCCCCCUCCCGAACUCAUUAGCAUAGUGAGACGCAUAAAACCCAACCGACCACAUGUUUUCAUCUCACGCUCGCUCACUGUGUUGUCACUAUUUUACUAUUUGAAGUCAAAUUUGGAUUCAACCAACAGGGAAUUCAAGAGAAAUAGUCCUAAUUUAGACAUGCAUGUGAAUGUUCUAGAGGCUGGAAAAAUAUGAAUAGGCCUACUACAAUUAUAAUAAA